AUGAAAGAGAAGACGCUACGGAUAGUGAACUUCUUAGCGCAUCACACAUUCCAGCUACCGACACUCGAUACGUUAAGUGUUAAGAAAGAAUUAAAGCUUUGCCUGCGGAGGUUGCUCAAGACAGAAGAGCUAGGUAGGGAUGGAAGGCUGUGCAAGGAUGUUACUUCAGAGCUGAGGAAGCGAACCAGUCGGUUGGGUGCCAUGCAGCUGAUACUAUUCGCCUCUGCGCUCACUUUGGUAGCAGCUGCCGAUGCCCAGGCGAAGCGGCAGAUAUGUGUGGCUCCAACAACAGCUCCGCACAAAAUAGAAAAGGUGCUAUCGCAAUGCCAGGAUGAGAUUAAGUAUGCUCUCCUUCAAGAAGCACUGAGUGUACUUGGACAGUCAGUGGGAAGACAAAAGAGAGAGACAUUCAGUGGUGAAGAAAAACGAAUUGCAGGAUGCCUAUUGCAGUGUGUCUACAGGAAAAUGAAAGCAGUGGACGAAAAUGGUUUUCCUACAGCUCCUGCUCUGGUCCAAUUAUUUACCGAAGGAGUAAAGGAUAGAAAUUACUAUCUAGCAACUAUUCAAGGGGUUCAACAGUGUUUGGCCAAAGAGAUCCAACAGCGGAAAUAUAACCAAACUUUAGCACAAGCUUUGUGGGAUAUCACCUUGAAAGAAGCUGCAUCAAGUGAAUCUUCAAUAGAUUCCAACAGCUGCACUAUUUAUUGAAGUUACCAUGUAUAUUCAAAUGAACAGUUCAUUUGAAUCCUCACCACACGAAAAAACUUAAUUAACGAAAAAGUUAAUUUAAAAUAUUGCACAAAAUGUUUUAAAUAUAGCGUAACUACUAAUAAGUAGAGGAAUUAUACUUUUUAUAUAAGUUGGUAGAUAAACCAAACUAAUGUCUAAUGAAGACAAUUUGUGUGUACAAAAUAUUUUUAUUUUUUUUAUUAUAUUACAAAUAAAAUGUAUAAAAACUAA